AUGGGCAUGCAAAUUCCUACACGUAGGAAAGUGAUUGCUUAUGAUCUUAGACCUAAUGAGGGUGCCCUUGAGGAGACCACAGUAGGUGCCUUUAACCCUAGAACUGCAACAGGAAGUAAGGGGAUCUUCCUGGAAAAGUCUUUAAAGUGGGUGGAAAGAGCCUUCUGGGAAUAUCCCUUAUGCAAAAAGGACUAUCUGGUUGACGUUGAUUCUGAUGGCACCAUUACCAUGGAAGAGCAAAUUUAUCUUCUCCUGGAAGCCAAAGUUCAAUGUAAACUGAAUAUCACCACCCAGCUACAAGGAGGAGAGGGGAACUGUUUUCCAGAAUGGGAUGGCUUAAUUUGUUGGCCAAGGGGGUCACUGGGAAAAAUGUUGGCCGUUCCCUGUCCUCCUUAUAUCUAUGACUUCAAUCACAAAGGAACAGCCUUCAGGUACUGUAGCCUUAAUGGAACCUGGGAUUUUGUGCAGAGUUUAAACAGAACAUGGGCCAAUUACUCUGAAUGCCUUCACUUCUUACAGCCGGAAAUCAACUCAGGGAAGAGGGAUUUCUUCGAACGUCUCUACAUCAUGUACACUGUUGGAUAUUCCAUCUCCUUCAGUUCAUUGGCAGUGGCUAUUUUCAUCAUUGGCUACUUCAGGAGACUGCACUGCACUCGGAAUUACAUCCACAUGCACUUGUUUGUCUCUUUCAUGCUAAGAGCUGUCAGCAUCUUUAUCAAGGACAAAGUAGUGCAUACUCGCAUAGGAGUCAAAGAGCUGGAUUCUCUGCUGAUGAAUGAUCUCCAAAGUGUUGUAGUGGCACCUGCAAUAGACAAGUCACAAUAUGUGGGAUGCAAGAUUAUUGUUGUGAUGUUUAUUUACUUCUUGGCCACCAACUACUACUGGAUCCUAGUUGAAGGCCUCUACCUACAUAGCCUGAUAUUUGUGGCUUUCUUUUCGGAUACCAAGUACCUGUGGGGCUUCAUCUUGACAGGCUGGGGAUUUCCAGCUGUCUUUGUCAUGGCCUGGGCUGUGGUCCGUGCAGUACUGGCAGACGCAAGAUGCUGGGAGCUCAGUGCUGGAGAUAUCAAAUGGAUUUACCAAGCACCAAUUUUAGCAGCUAUCGGGCUGAACUUCAUUCUGUUCCUGAAUACCGUGAGAGUUCUUGCUACCAAAAUUUGGGAAACAAAUGCUGUUGGGUAUGACACGAGAAAACAAUACAGGAAGUUAGCAAAAUCCACCUUGGUUCUGAUCCUGGUCUUCGGCGUCCAUUAUAUUGUCUUUGUGUGCCUCCCCCACACAUUCACUGGGCUGGGCUGGGAGAUCCGAAUGCACUGUGAGCUCUUCUUCAACUCUUUCCAGGGUUUCUUCGUUUCUAUUAUAUAUUGCUACUGCAAUGGAGAGGUUCAGACUGAGAUCAAGAAGAUGUGGACCAGAUGGAACCUGGCUGUUGACUGGAAAAGAACAACUCCAUGUGGCAAUUACAGAUAUGGCUCUGUUCUCACAAACAUGACCCAUAGCACCAGCAGCCAGUCUCAAAUGGUGGUCAACUCCCGCACGGUCAUGUUUUCAAGCAAAGUCAACAGAGCUGUCAACAGGCAGAAUGACAUGCACGUAAAUUUGCCAGGGUAUGUUAGGAGCAACUCUGAACAGGACUGUGUACACCACUGGGUGCAUGAGGAGGCCAAUGAAGAUGAAGAGAAACAGGUGGAUGAUAUAUCAUUAAAAGAGUCCUUGAGGCCACGGGAUACUAACACAGAUCCUGAGGAGAACAGAGGAGAAAUAGAGGAGGCACUGUGAACAGUCAUGGACAUCCAUAAACACAGAGAAGUAACAACGCAGCUAGAAGCCCAGGGCAGCUGCAACACAUGGGGAGCGGCAACUUCCAGCUGCCACUGGGCCACUAGUGCAGUUGUGCAGCUGCAGUGACAGCCAGGUGUUUCUGCCCUUCUCACCCCCCAAAGUCAGCACCUGGGGCAACUGCCCUGGUCUCCCCACCCUAGAUAUGCCACUGCAUGGACACAGCUAAUGUGAUAUAGGUUAAAUCCUCUUAUUAACUGGGUUGCUAAAUGUAUCCAUCCGUUGCCUUCAGUUGGCCUCACUGAAUAUCUUGAUCCAAGCUAAAGCUCAGUCGACAAGGUCAACUGAUCAAGGUGAAGAAUCAACAUGUUAGCGACGAAGCAAAAUGGCUU